AGCGGCUCCGCGGUUAAUACGUAGGCAGUGUUCAGUGUUGAGGCCUCCGUGUGCGCGAGUGCGCCGUGGUGAGCGAGCGUAUACAACAGGUGUCCCGCGAUCGGCUAGCUCUGCCACGGUACCGGUUCCUCCAUUUCGCUCCCCCGGUGUUUACUACCCGUCCCCGUCGCCUUUCACUCCGGGGCCCUCCGCGAAGGCCUGGCACGAGUACACGAUCGAGCGCGCGUGGUGAACCGAACGGCGUGUGGAUCGGCGUAACAUGAUGUCGGAGACCGUGGUGACGAUGGACGGUUCCAGCAACAACGCCAGCAACAAUCCGCGGCAGGUGCCGACGGUGAAGACGGAACCGGGUCAGCCGAACCCUCUGAACGGUAUCCGGCUGAACGUGCCCUACUUCAAGACCAUACCCGGCAUCCUCAAGUUAGUGCAGCUGGUUCUGGGUAUAAUAUGCAUGGCAUGUGCAUCUCCGGCUUACAUCGGUGCGACGCACUGGUUUCUAUUCGUUGCGGUAAUGUCCUUUAUAUCUACGCUUAUAUGGUGCGCUGUGUAUCUCCUUUCCAUCCGGGAGGUACUUAAAGUGCCCAUCAAUUGGAUCCUAACCGAACUUUUAAAUACAUCCAUAAAAACAGUGCUUUAUACGAUUGCGUUCAUCGCUCAAUUAUCGGCUUGGACUGCGUUCAGGAAUUCUUCAUCGAAUAUCGCUGCUGGGGUGUUUGGAAUUUUUAAUACCAUCGCAUAUGCCGCUGGAGCUUAUUUCCUUUACAUCGAAUGGAAGAGCACGAACACGCAGUGAGCAUCAUCAACUUGCAGAGGAGAAGCCAGGUACCUGAAGAGCAUGCAACAACAACAACAACAGCAACACCAUCGAAAACUGCCGCGACCAGGCCCGUGACUCCUCAGCGUCCGUCCAAGAGGAUACUGGCACGGUCCUAAGAUCCUGCUCGACAGGAAAGUCAGCACUAGGAGGGACGGCUUGAUAUACUAGUCCGGCGUGAUCCUCCUCAGAUUGUGUGUAGCUUAAAAAAAGACUCUGUACCUAUACGUGCCUUAAGAUUAGUUAUUUGUCGCGCGCGUGACCGUCAUUAGAGCUGACCUCUUGCCGCUUCGAGGAAAGUCGAUGGAGUCGCAGAAGUGAACGAAGUGUUACGAGAUACUACAUUAUUCGAAGGCAAUAAUGUUAGACACAAGAUCUGCGCGGGAUGGAUGAGGUCAAGCCUCUAAUUUUGCACAAAAUCGUAACAUAAAAAUAAAUAAAAAAAAAAUUAUUACCAUUAUCCUAUGGCAUGGACUGAAAAUUUGCAUGUCCAUAAAAAGAUGGAUACACUUUUAAAUAAGAUAAUAAAAACAAAUUAUCUUUUAAUAAGAGAAUCUCUAUUAUUUGAUUUCUCAUGCAGAUGUCACUGUGCAUUCGCUUUCAUUAAUUGAUUUCUGCAUAAUUAGCGAAUUUCAAUUGUCAUUUUACGCGGAUGCUACCUACCUGUACUUAGUUACUUGCAGGUACAUUCCAAGUGAUAGAAAGAAAGAGGAAGGGAGUAUCUUUGCCAAAUAUAAGUGAAACUUACGUCAUUUCGUUUGUACUGCUACUUCUGCUGUACGAUCCUUCGGAGGACGACGAGACGAAUAGUUCUGAAAGACCUUACGCCAAUGUACGAUAAGUUUUCAUAGGCGAUAGCUUUUGUAUCAGCGAUGUUUAAAUUGUCAGGGGUUCGACAUUUGGUUAUUUUGAUGUAAAGCUACGUCGAUGAUCAAAUUCGUACCCGACGUCCAUCUUCGUUGACAAUUUUAAUGAGUAUCAACACACGAGUAUUCGAUCGUUUUAAACGGCUGAUCGUCGUACGUUAACUUGUCGUACAUUUGAUACACGUGCGUGAAACGUCAUUUUCUAAUCGUAUCUUUGCGCACUCUCGCGAGAUCUUAUUUAUAUACACAUAUAUUUCUCUUUAUAUAUAUACAUAUAAUAUAUAUUAUAGAUGACAUAUAUAUAUUAUAUAUACAUAUUCUAGAUUGGACGCGCAGUACAAUCCUUUUUUUAUAUUCUCUUCAAUUCGCAUGUAAAUCGUACGUUUUGAAUACAUUAAGGGAAAACAAAUUUAUGUCGACGGAAUGGGUUGUGGGUACGUUAUAUCGAUUUGUCAUUCUUGAAUGCUCUUGCGCAGAUCUUAGGUAUAUCUAAACAAAAAAAAAAUACCUCUGCGCGCCAGUAGAGAGCGUUUGAUAAUCAAACUCAAAUCGUUGCUACGUAACUAUAACACUGACGAGACCAAUUAACUGAAGCUAAAAAUGGACGUUACAUACGUUGGUAAUUAAGAUUACGUUAUUCUCCUUAUCGAUAAGCGCGCUAAGAGAGAGAAAAAGAGGAAGAGAAAGAGAGAGAGAGAGAGAGAAGCAGAGGGCAUUUGCCAGUGGCGUCUACUCAUUUCUCUGCUCGUUUGUACCUCCGAUUCGCUCGUUUUUUCCCUAAUAAAGCUAAAACGACAUCGACAUGUGCAUUUAUGUUCAAGAAAUUGUUUAUUUCGACAUUGUUACUUGUUUAUGUAUAGCACUACUUACCCACGUAUCGUAAUUGAUAAGGCGCGUACGGUGAUAUAUACAUAAUAUACAUAUAUAUCUACGUUCGAACAUUUUUUUUUAAUUUUCAAAGUUUAUUUAUUUUUAAGCUGUGGAUGCUAAAAUAAAGUCAAACUAAAGGACA